AUGGAGGCCACCAAUGCCUUCUUCUUCGGUCAUCACCACGACCAGGUGGUGGCCAUGAUGACCAAGAAGUUCCAGGACCUCCUGGACUACGACAAGAUGAAGAAUCGCAAGAUUCUUCACGUCGACUGGAUCGCCGGCAACCCGAGCGAUCCCAUCAAGAAGGUGGGCGGCAAUGCUGCCCACGGUGGCAUGAGCGCCGAAGACCGGCGGCUCAGCGAGAGCGUGGCCAGAUCGGUCAUGCGCAUCACCUACAACGUUCCCCAGUGGGACGAGACCAUGACAUGGAACAAGGCCAUGUUUCUUGGCGAUUGGCUUAGCGACCACAAGGGCUUCCGCCAAUUCUUCGUCGAGAUACAAGUCAAGCGGAUCUCUGGCUUCGACGACACCCUACUCGAGAACUGCGGCAUCAGCCCCGAGUACGUCUGGCUGAGCCUCCACGACGACAAGGCUCCGGCGGUCACGCCAAUUGUCGUCCCGCCCGUCGUUGGGCAGGAGCUCCGAUCUCAGGCGCCUCACCGUGAGCUCCCCACUCCCGCUGAGACGUCCUGCGAGCCCGUUCCCGAGGUCGAGGAAGAGGAGUAUGCCGCUCCAGCGCCCACUGCAGCGCCCACUCCAGCGCCCACUCCCUCCAUGGAAGUUCUCACGCGCUCUGCCGACAAGGGCAAGGGCAAAGCCGCCGCUCCUCAAGAUCAGGUUGCGACCCUCAACCCUGCGGCGCAAGUCUUUACGUCCUCCGCGUCUGCUCAAUCUCCCCAGAAGCGGACUCCUCUUCCCAACAUUGGGAAUCUCGCACUCGGUCAGCAAGCCGGAACUAACCGCAUCCCUUCUGUCGAAACCACCGCCCCUCGCACAUGUACCCCUCGCAGCCAGCCUCUCCCUUCCCCGGGGAGCUUCGACUCUAUGGAGUAUGAGGAGCCUGACGACCGCGUGAUAUCCCCAACUCCAACCGGCAGUUCCUAUGAGGACGAGGGCUCCAUCUAUCUGGCUGACAACGUCGAUCCCUUUGCGGCACUCAUCCCUGCCCACCGUACGCCGGCCAUCAGCGCUGCCGACCUUCAUCGCCAUCGUCAGGAGUUCGACCGCAGUGCCCAUGCCAAGCACGAGGAACUCAAAAAAAUUUUCCACUUCCUCCAAGACCCGGCCUUCAUGGAGCGUAAGAGCAAGUCCUUCAUCUACACCGUCCGCAUGGUUGCCAUUCCCGACCGCGGCAACGUCGUCAACGACUUCACCGGCCCCCGCAUCGACGACCGCUACGGCACCCUCAUCGCCCAAGGCGGCUGGGUGGUCCCGCCCUUCGAGGAGCGCAUCAAGUGGCGCGACGAGCACAAGCGCUCGUACCGCAACACGAGCGCCAAGCUCGGCAAGUACGAGGGCCUUCUCCGGCCCCAGGUGCAGCAUGUCAUGCCGCUCCGGCUCGACUGGUCCGGCGGCCUGGAGCCGCGCUACUUUGGCCCGGCGGCCCCCGUCUGGCGCGAGCUCUGCGACCCCUGCCUGGAGGAUAUCUACUGGAUGGUGUGGCAGCUUGUGAGCGGCAGGCAGUUCCUCGGUUUCAAUCCCGGUAACGGCUUCGGCGUCGCCCGGCGCGAUCCCGCUGGUGAUGAGUCGCUCCUGAAGCAGUGCCCGUUCAAGAGCCCUUCGGCCGAGGCGUUGUAUCACGCGGCUUCGUAUCCUCGCGGGAAAGAGCAUUAG